UUCUCGGUGGUGCGCGAGCCCCGCGGCGGUUUGUGGCCGGUGUAUGUGUGUGUGUAUCUCUUCGGGAGGACGACUUACUUCCAAUUAUCCCCUCUCACACAACGAUUUUUCAUCCCGUUUUCAGUGUCCCCGGGACCGAAGACUUCCAUGGCUUAACGCGGAAUCGUGUCACGGACUUUAUUCGUUUAUGAGUUUCUUUUCUGGGGAAUUUUUCGCGUCUCUCAGCGAGCUAAGCUAGUUAUCGAGCUCGCGAGCUAGUACGGGAUUUACGUAAAUUCUCCGCGUAUGAAAGUUCCACGGACCAAACAAUACUGGAUAAAUCCACUCGGAAUUAUUUAUAAAGUCACUUUCAGUCCGGGCGGCUUGAUAAGGAGAAGAUAAAGGGCCACCGUUACCUCAGCGAAGCUAACGAGCUAAUAUGAAGUUAGCCAGCUAACGCUCUCGUGUGUAAGAAAACACCCUCCGCGCGAGCGUUUUCUAAUGCCUAACAUUGAAUUUUGUCAUUUUAAUGUUGGGUUAAUUAGGUCUUUGUGCUUCUGUUUUCACAUUCAAUGCCUGCUCUGUUUAGGGGAGUGGUGGGUUGAUGGUCUGUCUAGCAUACUUCAGUCAAACCCACUCACAUUAAUAAUCUUCAUUAGGGUUUAACAGUCACAUUAGUGCGUUUUGUGCACGUUAAUCUAGAAAUCACUGCAAUCUUAAUCUAGAAACGCAAAUGGACUGUUAUUUUUGGGGGGAGUAACGUUACACGUUAACUGAUCCAACAGGUUAUCAGGAUAUUAGUGUUACUCGAUUGUUUAUUCGCCAGGCCUAUGUUUGUUAAGGGGGGUGAGGAUGAAUUGUGCAGGGUACGAGGUGUAACAGGUCGAGUAGUGGACUGUCAUCAGAAAAUACAGACUUGUAUGGAAUUGGGCAGCUGUAUUGGGUUUGGUUCGGCAUCAUGGGGGUCUCGCAAGGGGGCAAGAAAUCAACUACAUAGUGUCUAAGUACAGGCUUGUGGACGUAAUGUAGUCGGUUUAGCAGAAGAGCCUCGUCUUUUCUUGAUAGUUGAUAUUUUUGUCGUAUUACUAUGUGCAUUGGUCUCCUGAUAAUUCAUUAAAGUGAAUUGGAGCAACAGGUCAGUCUGGAUCAAGAAACACUGUCUUUCGUCUCUGGUUGGAGUAACACUCCCAAGCCAUCCUCAAUGCCUUCAGCGCUGGCCGUGUUCACCUGCCGCCCGAAUUCACACCCGUUUCAGGAACGUCAUGUCUACCUGGAUGAGCCGGUCAAGAUCGGGCGCUCCGUGGCCCGGUGUCGCCCUGCCCAGAACAACGCCACCUUCGACUGCAAGGUGUUGUCCAGGAAUCACGCUCUGGUGUGGUUCGACCACAAGACAGGAAAGUUCUAUCUCCAGGACACCAAAAGCAGCAAUGGCACCUUCAUCAACAGCCAGCGUCUGAGCCGGGGGUCGGAGGAGAGCCCUCCCUGCGAGGUGCUCUCCGGUGACAUCAUUCAGUUUGGGGUGGAUGUGACCGAGAAUACCCGGAAAGUCACUCAUGGCUGUAUAGUGUCGACCAUCAAGCUCUUCUUACCAGAUGGCAUGGAAGGUCGGCGGCGAUCAGAUGUUGUUCCAGCACCACUGCCACUGGCUAUUGAUAAGGUGUCCGCAAAUACACCCAAUAUGUAUUCUCAGGAACUGUUUCAGCUCUCCCAGUACCUGCAGGAGGCCUUACACAGAGAGCAGAUGCUGGAGCAGAAGUUGGCCACUCUGCAGAGGCUGCUGGCCAGCACACAGGAGGCAUCAGAGAGCAGCUGGCAGGCUUUAAUCGAUGAAGACCGGUUACUUUCUAGAUUGGAGGUGAUGGGGAAUCAGUUGCAAGCAUAUUCAAAAAACCAAACAGAAGACGGUAUCCGAAAGGAGCUGGUAGCCUUAACAGAGGACAAACACAAUUACGAGACGACAGCCAAAGAGUCCCUGAGGCGGGUCCUUCAGGAGAAAAUCGAGGUGGUCAGGAAACUGUCCGAGGUGGAGAGGAGUUUGAGUAACACAGAAGACGAGUGCACGCACCUGAGAGAGAUGAACGAACACACACAGGAAGAGCUCAGAGAACUCGCCAACAAAUACAACGGAGCAGUCAAUGAAAUCAAGGAUCUCACAGAAAAGAUCAAGUUGGCAGAGGGCAAACAUGAGGAGCUCACUCAGAAAGGCCUGAAUGAGAAGAAAGAGCUACAGCUGAGGAUUGAAGAGAUGGAGGAGAAGGAACAGUCGCUUCAGGCUCGAAUCGAAGCGCUGCAGGCGGACAACGACUUCACAAAUGAGAGACUAACGGCCCUGCAAGUCCGGUUAGAACAGCUGCAGGAGAAAAGCAUAAAGGAAAACAACAGCUUAGACCACUUUCUUUUAAAGAGUGGAGGAGACUGCACUUUAAUCCAACAGUACAUUGAGUGUCAAUCGGUGAGGCAGCUGAAGGAAGCUGUGGACUCAUCCAUUAACAAGCUGUCCAACUUUGACGAGGUUAUUGAUGCGCAUCUUCAGAAUAACCAGACGACAGUGGACAACAGCUUGGCCAGUCCAGACAGGCUUAAAGAAAACCAAAUAGACGCUAAAGAGUGCGAUAUGUCAGAUACUCUGAGCCCCAGCAAGGAGAAAAGCAGUGACGACACAUCAGACGGACAGAUGGAUGAACAAGAACUGAACGAUCCCCAGAACAGGGUUUCUCUUUUGAAAGAAAUGGACAGGAACCUGGAAGCUGGAGACACUGAGCAGGUUAUUCCACACCUCCACCGAGAGCUGCAGGAGGCCCAGGAGCUCGCCAACACCGGCAAACAGAAAUGCCUUGAGCUUCAGGCCCUGCUUGAGGAGGAGAGGACAACCAACAGACAGCAGACUGAAGAAUCUGCUAAACAGAUCCGCUUCUUACAGACUCAACUAGCGAAGCUCCAGUCGGACAUGGAGGCUUUGCGUGAGCAGAGGGAAAACACUAUUUCCACCACCCGAGACGAGCUCUACAGCGCCCAGGAGGAGAUCCUAGUCCUCCGGCAUGCCAUGGAGGCCGCCACUGCCGAGCGGGAACGGGAGAUCGCCGCCCUGCAGGGAGACCUGAGCAUCGUCACCGCAGAACUGGACAAAUGGAGACAGACGGCAGCAAAGUAUGAAGUGGAGAUCAGCAAUCUGCAGGCCAGCUUCCAGCUCCAGAGUCAGCACCAGGAGAGAGCCAGCCAGCUCCAAGGUGAAUUAACGAAGCUUCAGGCCGAGUGCUCUGGUCUGCAGAAUGAAUGUGACAGUCUUCGGGCUGAGAAGACAACGCUAAUGCAGAAACUCCUCAGACUAGAGGAAGAGCUUGACAGUUCACGAGAGCGGAGUGAGACGUUGUGCAGCAGCCUAAACGAUCUGGAGAAAUCCCAGGGUGACCUGGCGAAUAAACUGGGCUCAAUACAAGACCAGCACCAACAGGACGCUAGCAAACUGAAGGUCCAACUGUCCCAAGCGGAGAGCCGCACCAGAGACCUGCAGAAGGAGUACGACGACUCUCAGAAUCUGCUGUCAGAUCUCCGGCAGCGGUAUGAACAGACGGAGCAGGAGAAAUGCUCCAUCAACAAUGAGCUGGAACAGUGCAAGGUCAACCUCAAACUCCUGCAAGAGAAGGGCAGCUCUAGCGGAUGGAUGCCCUGGAUACCGGUGAUUGCCGCGGUGGUUGCAGUGACGGCAGUGGUGCUUUAUCCCAACUUUUCCAAGAGCUCCUCUUGAGAACAUCAACCAAUCACAACACUCGUCUCUGCCACUUCUUGUCCCCGGCACGGCCCUCUGUCCAAUCCCAAUGUCAGUUUUAGUCCGGGCACAUGGCAUAAAUCUGAACGUAAUACCUCUCGUUUUGACAAUUACAGCCCCAAUGUCUGUGUAAAAUGCAAAUGUAUAUAGUAUAGAAAGAAAGAGGGAAUAAAGUUCUAAUGCAUAUUAUAGAAUAAAUAAUCUAUCUGCAUUUUUGAUUAUUAAAAUGGCCUAAACUAGGUCUAACGU